AUAAAUGCAUCUUUGAAAUCUAUUUUUAGCAUCGCGAGACAAUGAUCAGAGCAUGGCAUUCUUUGGAAGGAAUAUUGGAAUUAUUGGUAGAAGAGGUCGCAAUAGAAGUGAUUUUCUCCGAGGCGUUUGGCUAUAUAUAUAAGGACAACAUAGCGUAGAGACAUUCACAUAUUGGCAAAUGGUGUGCAGGCUUUUGCUACAUAUUGGCAUCGUAGAAGCUUAUGUAUAAGACGCUUUUGGUGACAAAUAAAGGAACUAAUCCAGCGUAGUGUCAGACUCUUGUAGAGCUUGUAGCCUUACAUUGUGAUUUAUUAGUUUUUUUCUGCUACGGUUUUAUUGGAAAGGACGCUUAUUUUCCUAGAGUUCGGAUUUCUCAGGGGAUGAAUAAUUUAGAUUGAUUUCCAGGAUAUAUUUUGUAAUUUCAUUUCAUUUCUUAUUUCGCCAAGAAGAUGUUUUGUUCAGACAAAUUGAACGUGCAAUUUGGAUAGAACUGUUCCCGUGGAAUAUACUAGGUUUAUACAAGUUUUCAAUGCAACGUGAAAUUCUCAGAAAAAUCUUGAAGGUAUUUCAAGAAAUGAAUUUGACUGGAAAUUUUGAAAAUGAAUCUACAACGGAGGAAAAACUUGAAAGUUUUGAUUUGGCUGACGAAAAGUUGCAGACGACAAACGUUGUUGUUAUGGCAAUCACUCUUAUUGUGAUAUUUUGCGUUAGUUUCGCGGGAAACGUGUUUGUGUUUCUGAUAUUUUACAAAAAGCCUGCAUUAGUGACUAUUUCGAACAGAUUUAUUGUAAAUUUGUCUGUUUGCAAUGUAAUGGAAACGAUGUUUGUGAUGCCAUUUGUGUUUGCGGCACUCGUUACACAGAACUGGCAGUUUGGCAUGUUUUGGUGCCAAACGACAGGAUUUUUGAUGAACGCUAUUUUUGCUGCAAGUACGUUAACUCUUGUUAUUAUUGCCAUAGACCGCUACUGUGCCGUUAUAAAACCAUUGCAUUAUUCCAUGCACAUGACCAGCAGACGGUGUACGCUUAUGAUUGCUUCUGUCUGGAUUUUAGCAGUUUGCUGUUCCAUUCCCCCAUUGUUUGGGUGGAACAGAUACGAAUUUCAGAGAACAAAGCUGGCAUGCACCGCUGUAUCUACAAGUAAAGACUCAAAUGAUAUGACAUUUACAAUUUUCAUAGUGACUUUAUGUUUCAUUCUACCUUUGUUUAUAAUUGUAUGGGCGUAUUGUGUGAUUUUCAACGCUGCCAAGACCAACAGCGAAAAGGUUCGUAAAAAUAGCAUGCCACCAAAUGCUUUAGAAGACCAACUUUCUCAGACACCGUUACGAAAUAAUCGCCGAAUGAGCGCGGUACCAAUAUUAGUACACCGUCUGAGCGUUUCUAGCCGCUCGAGCUCGGUUCUCUGGCGGAGGGAUGAGUGGAAAGCAGCGGUGACGAGCUGUAUGGUUGUGUUCACGUUCAUCAUUUGUUGGCUCCUCUAUUUCAUCAUCAUCAUCCUAGAAUGCCUUAUUGAUGAGCCCGGGAAGAUAAACCCUGUAAUUAAAACUAUAUCUAUUUUGUUGGCAAUGUCUAGUUGUGCUUUGAAUCCACUUGUUUAUGUGUUCAGAUCUAAGAUUCAAAGAGUUGAACUAAAAGGAAUCUUAGGCAUACAAACAAAACGGGAAAAUACUUGCAAUGGGAACAUAAGUCAAUCACGUAGACCGAGUUUGUGUACGACUAUCCGAGAUUCGCCGAGCAUAUCACGUCAGGGGAGCGAAGACUCCGAUAUAAUUAUCACUAAACUUCAUCACGUGACCACAGCGACGACAUUGACCUCAAUGAUUGUAGCCGAGGAGCCCGAAUACCAUGACAACGCUAGAACUUGAAAAAAUUGGGAAAUGUGUUGUGUUGUGUUUUUUUUUCAAAUUGUAUGUUUUGCAAUUUUUACCAGAGCUAGUAUGUACUCUGUGUUCAAGACUAUAAAUUUUAUUUGUGUCAAUUUGUUUGAAUUUUUAUGGAAACUUGUUUCUGAAAAUUAUUUAUUAAUUUUAAUGUUGUGGUUUUGUCGUUGUGUUUUCUACAAGUAUGUUCACAUAUAUUUCUUUAGUUUUAUUGAAGAUAUAUACAUAAUUUCAACACAUUUUUCUUAUCAAUGUUUUUGUAUCUGCAACAGUUAUAU